AUGGUCAAAACUAUACGCAUCGAGCUUACUGACGAUAUUCAGGAUGAAGUAAAUAAAAUAUCUGAUGAAUCCUCCGCCGACUCGAAAGUAUAUGUGCUCUUUUUUGGUACCGAGCUUCCAUCUACGGGACAGUCAUGGUGCCCAGACUGCUAUCAGGCCUAUCCACACAUUCGCAAUGCGUUUGACGAGUGCGCAUCAAAUGCAACAUUGAUCGAAGCACCAGUUGGCACAAGAGAACAAUGGAAGAAUAAUCCAUCUCACCCGUACAAAGUCAAUCAGCGUAUUGCCCUACGCAAAAUUCCUACUCUCAUUAGAUGGACGGUGCCUGCCGGAAAAAAUGAUCGGCUAGUAGAAUCAGAGUGUGAAAACGACGAACUGCUCAAAUUCUUCUUAACCAGGGAUUGA